AGAGCCAGCAAGCCCCGGCAGUGGCCAGUGGCCGAGAGAGAAGAGAAAGCGGCGGAAUCAACCGUUUUGCCGCGAAGAGAACCGCGUUUGUGUCCCCGAUCGUUGCUGGGGUUUCUCCUCCUGCCUGGCCCUGAAUCGCGCUACCGAAAUCCGAAACCGGAUGAAAAUCAUAUCGCACGACGCCUAGUUCUGUGCCCACCUCUUCGCCCCACGCGUUGGUCGCGCACCAGUUUCACACACACACACACACACACACACACACAUCUACGCCACGCGUACGCGAGACGCGAGACGCGAGACCGGAAGAGUUCUAAGUUCGGUCGCGAUCGCGAGGAACCCGAUGAUUGUUCGGGGAUCGAAGUGUUCGCCGGAGAUCGACGCACGUUCAAGUUAACUUUGAUGGAUAUUCGAGGGUGCUUCCGGCGGAUGCGGCUGCUGGGCUGAUAAGCUGGCUGCGGUAUCGUGAUAAGGGAUUCGAGGGGCAGUCGGAGUGGUGCAGAGGCGCUCGAUUCGAGAGCAACCAGGGGAAAGAGGAUCGCGACACGGUAGAAUGUGUAGCUGAUCGGAAUGACGAGACAGUUUCUGGUGAUCCUAUGCUGCUACCUGUACACGCUCUUUGACAUGGCGGCACUGCAUUUUCCGUGAGUAGGCGAACAUGUUUCCCGAUGCUAGAAGAGAUCGAAGAGAUCCGCGGUCAAAGCGGAACACUCGAGACUAGCCUUGAUCGGAAGGGUCGGAGAGGUUUCUCGCGUGUAAUUGGCCACCGCGCCUCGCAUCGAAUUGAUCGCGUCGAUCGGGCACGCGUGGAAAUCUCUCUCCUCAGUGCCCUCUCUUUCCCUUGCCCGUCCUGUGCGUUUUCUUUCCCUCUUCCCGUCCGUCCCUCCCACUGCCCGUCGAUCGCCCGGAUAACGCGAUCUCGAGGACGAUAUCGUGGCCUAGUUGCAAAAAGAACGAACAUACCACCGCUGUCGCCGCCGUCGUUUAAACGUCUGUUACAUCGAGGAAUCUGUAUUCAUCGAAUGUAUAUAUACAUUCAUGUAGCUAGAGUCAUGUAUUUCGAGUCCCGGUGUGAAUUCGUUCUCGUUGCAAAACACGGCGACGAAGGAAGAAGCUGGCCCCCAGCAUCACCCGCGACUGUGUCGAGUUUCAGCGAGGAAAUAUGCGAACCGGUACUUUCUACGGAGGUCGAAGCCUGGCACAUUAAGGUCGAUAGCCUAUCGUCCAGUACGUUUCGACUUUCGGCGAGAAAGCGCGGGUACCGGUUUUUUCCGAAGAUCGAAAGGGAGUCGGAUGUGGAGGAGUACGGGAGGAAGGAGGCCUCGCUGUCGCUCAGGGACAUCCUUCCGUUGAACCCGAAACAGUACGAUAAGCACAGGGCGCCGAAGUUCUUGGGUCAGCCGACCAUCGUCUACUUCCACGUGACAGUGCUCAGCCUUGACUCUAUAAACGAGGAAUCUAUGACGUACGUCGCGGACAUAUUCCUGGCGCAAAGUUGGCGAGACUCAAGGCUUCGACUUCCGGAGAACAUGUCCGAAGAGUACAGAAUUCUGGACGUGGACUGGCUGCACAAUAUCUGGAGGCCGGACUGCUUCUUCAAGAACGCGAAGAAGGUCACCUUCCAUGAGAUGUCGAUACCUAACCACUAUCUCUGGCUGUACCACGACAAAACGUUGCUUUACAUGUCGAAAUUAACCCUCGUCUUGUCGUGCGCGAUGAAGUUCGAAUCUUAUCCCCACGACACUCAGAUUUGCUCAAUGAUGAUCGAAAGUCUGUCGCACACCACCCAGGAUCUGGUGUUCAUUUGGAACAUGACGGACCCGUUGGUGGUGAACCCGGAGAUCGAGCUACCGCAACUAGACAUCUCGAACAAUUACACGACGGACUGCACGAUCGAGUACUCGACCGGUAACUUCACCUGUAUACAGAUUGUGUUCAAUCUCCGUCGCAGGCUGGGCUAUCACCUGUUCCACACGUACAUUCCGUCCGCCCUGAUCGUGGUCAUGUCCUGGAUCGCGUUUUGGAUCAAACCAGAGGCGAUCCCGGCCCGGGUCACUCUCGGCGUGACGUCAUUGCUGACCCUUGCGACUCAGAACACGCAGUCCCAGCAAUCACUGCCACCGGUCUCGUACGUGAAGGCCAUCGACGUGUGGAUGUCAUCGUGCAGCGUGUUUGUAUUCCUAUCGCUGAUGGAAUUCGCCGUGGUGAACAACUACAUGGGCCCAGUAGCCACCAAAGCUAUGAAAGGUUACUCGGACGAGGAUCUCAGGGAAGCCAUCGACGAGUUCAAAACGCCGAUGAGAAAUGAUUCCGAGAGGAGCAGAAGUCCUGUGAGACCUGUGACCGUGCAAUACGACACCUGCUGCCAGGGCCGGGCCACGGCGAUCUACAUCGACAAGGUGUCCAGAUUCUUCUUCCCGUUCUCCUUCCUCAUCCUGAACGUGGUCUACUGGAGCACCUUCUUGUAAGAGGCAAGGAGAGAAGAGAGAAAAACCAGAAUGAAGGAUCGCCGCCACCAUUGAACCCCAAUUCUCGUUCCACCGUCGUUAAACAUUCCCAUCAUCCACUACCGCAUAAAAACAAGAUUUAUAUCCUAAAAACAUUGACGCGAUCAUCUUGAAUAUCGUUUAUAAAAAUAUAAGAUAUAAGUAAUGAGAAUACAAUUGUUUUUUUUUCUGAAGUACUUGAUUGGAGGGACGAGAUAGAAUGUAACAAUUGACGGAAGAUCGAACGAGAAUCAACCGAACGGUCUUUCUACAAUGCAUACGUCCGUUAUAGAAGAAUUUUCAGUGCCUUUUAUAUAAUAUAUUCUGGAGAUUAUUACGCAGCGUCGACGACGGACGAUUAAUGAGUAAGAGCAUCCUAGCGAUUAAGUCUUUAAGUUAAGAUUCCUCCGACGAUGCGACAUCUGAUCGGACGACUGUAUAUGUACUCACUCGUUGUAUCGCGUUCAAGAACCAAUCUAACGUUUUAUUCGUCAUAA